AUGAAAAGGAGAGGAAUAUCUUCUGCAGCUAUCGUUCUUUUCGUAUUCCUACAAUCUUUUUGUAAUGCCUUAUCCAUCCACGAUUGUCCUGCUUCCUCCUGUGGCAAUAUUCCCAACAUAAGUUAUCCAUUUCGACUCUCAGGUGACCCACCACACUGCGGCAACAAGAGGUACGAACUAGUUUGCCAGAAGAACAACGCAACAAUUUUAGCUCUGCUUUCAGGAAAAUACCAUGUACACGAAAUCGAUUACAAAAGACGUAAAAUCCGAGUGAGUGACGCAGGGGUUACGGAGGACACUAGUUGCUCCUUCAUCCCCCGCUAUUUCUUAGGUUCCACCAAUCUCACUGACGAUACUGCUCAUAUAAUAAAUCCGCUGAGUUUGGCCCCGUUUGAUGAUCGUGGAAUAGCAGCAUACUUCAACUGUAGCAAUCCAAUCACUAAUGAUCCUCGAUAUGUGAAGGUGGAUACAACUCGUUGUGGCUCUGGAGGGCACAUCUAUGCUGUCCUGAAGAAAGAUUCAUCAAGUGAUUUUCGUGUGAUGGACAUCAAGAUUGGGUGCCAACUGAAGGUGGCUACUUUUGCAAAUUGGGCGACAAAGAAAGACCACAAUAAUAAGAAAAACGAUUCCUAUGAUGACAUCCACAACAUGCUGGCCUAUGGAUUUUGGCUGUCUUGGUUACAUGUUCUUUGUGAUGAACAAUGCGCAAAGUGGAUGAUUUGCCGUCCUAUCAAUGACUCAAGUAUCGAAUGUGACCGUCCAAGCUGUUUUUCUCUCUUAGCCUUAGGGUCGAAGCGAGUCACCUACGGUUGCGUUAUUGGGAAAGAAAACUCUUCCCAUGUCAAGCCACUGAGUUUGGUUUAA